AGGUGGCGCUAGUAGUAUAUUGAAGCAGACGCCUUUUUUUGAACACUUCACGUGUGCAUGUGUGUGAUUUGUGACUUUAUUUUGAGUUUGUGAACUUCUUGGUUACCAAAAUGGGAACAGAAAAAUCAACAUCAAUUCAGGGAUUUAGAUGUAUAGAGACAAGGUUCAGCGACAAGUGUACAGCAGGGCACACACUAUUCUAUAAAGAACAUGCCGUUCGAAAUUCACACCCAUCGAAACCUGUUGGAAAGACGCUGUUCGUCCUUAAUGUACCUCCUUACUACACAGAAGGAUCAAUAAAAGAAUUGUUUAAGGCAGCAGGAUCUGUGGAAUCUGUCUGUUUCGAAGAGAAACCAUCUGCAACAAAUGAGAUUAGCAAUAUGAAUUCAUUCUUCUUCCAAAAUCAUAUCAAAGGUUUUAAAGUUGCUUAUGUGGUGUACAAAAAUGUUGUGUCACUGAAAGCAGCUAUGAAGUUGGAAUGGAAAACUAGCAUUAUGAGCACAGAAGAAAAACCAAUCAAAACUGGGCUGGAAAAAUGGAUUUCACAAUAUGAAUCAUCAUUUAUUGAUCCAAAAGCCUUACAAAAAGAAAUUGACACCUUUAUGAGUGAAUUUGAUUCGAGGAAAGAGAGAGAAGAGGAAGAAGCAAAACUCAAAGAAGGGCAACCUGAUAAUGAAGGCUGGAUAACAGUCACUAAACAUAGUAAACAUGCUGCCAGAACAGAGACUAUGGAGAAAAAAGUCAUGGAUAAGGAAAAGCAGAAACAGAAGGACAAGAAACUCAUAAAUUUUUACUCAUUCCAAAUGAGAGAGACUAAAAUGGAGCAUUUGACCCAGUUGAGGAGAAAAUUCGAAGAUGACAAGAAAAGAAUUGCAACAAUGAGAGCUGCUAGAAAGUUCAAACCAUACUAGUAUUUGAGAAGUGAAAUGCAAAUUAAAUUCGUUUGUAUUUUAUUUUUUAAUACACUCACAUUCAUCAAUCA